GUGACAUAAGAAGGUUGACAAAGUGAGCGCAAAGCCAAAAUCUUCUCCCUCACUCCUUCUCUUCUACAAAUUGUGAAAAUGGUAACACUCCGAACGUUAAUAACACCAUCAUAUCACCAAUGCCUACUCUUUCUCCCUCACUCCUUCUCUUCUACAAAUUGCCAUAAAUAAAAUCUCGCGGCAAAAUCUUUUUCUCUCAUUCAUUGAUUUUCCGAUGGGAUUGUCGCGCAACGUGGCUUCGCAGCCGGAGAUCGACGACGCCGGCGGGGACAUUGGAUUCGGUGCGAUCCGCGGCGGAUUCCCCUUCAAGCGGAACCCUGGCCACCACCGCCACCGCGCCUCCUUCGAUCGGCAAUUGCCGCGCUCCAACAACAGCAGCAGCAGCAACAACAACAACAUUAGCAUCCGAUCUCACCUCCACAAGCGCAAGGGCUUGUUGCUGUGGCUCUUCCCGUUCCCCAAGUCCAAGUCCGGAUUCUACGCUUUCAUCAUCGUCGUGGUCUUCCUCUUCGCCCUCGCCUCCAUGGUCUUGCAGAGCUCCAUCACCUCCGUCUUCCGCCAGAGUGCCGAUAGCGCCAGGUACAUCAGCGGAGGAAUCCGCUUCGGCUCCGCGCUCCGCUUCGUCCCCGGGAGGAUUUCGCAGAGGUUCCUCUCUGGCGAUGGACUCGAUCCGGUUCGCUCCCAGCCCAGAAUUGGCGUCCGCGCGCCAAGGAUAGCUCUCAUAUUAGGGCACAUGACGAUAGAUCCCCAGUCAUUGAUGUUGGUUACUGUGAUUUGGAAUCUACAGAAGUUGGGUUAUGUUUUUAAGAUAUUUGCAGUAGGGCAUGGGAAGGCCCGCUCAAUAUGGGAAAACAUAGGUGGCAGAAUCUGUCCUUUGAGUACAGAGCAUCAAGGCCUGAUCGAUUGGUCAAUUUUUGAAGGUAUCAUUGUUGACUCCUUAGAAGCAAAAGUAGCCAUUUCAAGCGUUAUGCAGGAGCCUUUUUGUUCAGUACCAUUGAUAUGGAUUAUUCAAGAAGAUAGCCUUUCAAGUCGCCUUCCAGUUUAUGAGCAAAUGGGUUGGGAGCAUAUUGUUUCUCAUUGGAGAAGUGCUUUUAGCAGAGCCAGUGUUGUUGUGUUUCCAGAUUUUACUUAUCCGAUGUUAUAUAGUGAGCUUGACACUGGAAACUUCUUUGUGAUUCCUGGAUCACCAGUAGAUGUGUGGGCUGCAGAAAGCUAUCAUAAGACCCAUGCAAAGGAGCAGCUAAGAGAACUUAGUGGAUUUGGUAAAAAUGAUAUGCUGGUUCUAGUUGUUGGGAGCUCAGUCUUCUUUGAUGACCUAUCUUGGGACUAUGCUGUUGCAAUGCAUUCUGUAGGGCCUCUGCUGACAAGAUAUGCAAGGAGGAAUGAUGCAACUGACUCAUUUAAAUUUGUUUUCUUAUGUGGCAAUUCUACUGAUGGUUAUGAUGAUGCUUUACAGGGAGUUGCUUCACGUAUGGGACUUCGUCAGGGUUCCAUAAGGCACUAUGGCUUGAAUGGUGAUGUGAAUAGUGUGUUACUAAUGGCUGAUAUCAUCCUAUAUGGUUCUGCUCAAGAGGUGCAGGGUUUUCCUCCAUUAUUAAUCAGAGCAAUGACAUUUGAAAUUCCUGUCGUUGUACCUGAUUUUUCAGUGUUAAAAAAAUAUAUUGUGGAUGGAGUUCACGGGAUAUUUUUUUCUAAACACAAUCCUGAAGCUUUGAUGAAUGCUUUUUCACUUUUGCUUUCAAAUGGAAGACUUUCUAAAUUUGCUCAAGCAAUUGCAUCAUCUGGAAGACAACUAGCUAAAAAUGUACUAGCUCUGGAUUGCAUAACUGGCUAUGCAAGGCUUCUGGAGAAUGUACUCAAUUUUCCCUCAGAUGCUUUACUGCCUGGUGCUGUUUCUCAGAUUCAACAGGGGUCAUGGGAAUGGAAUUUAUUCCAGAAUGAAAUAGACUUGUCAAAGAUAGAUUCCAAUAGAAAAGUUUCCAUUGUUUAUGCUGUUGAGCAUGAGUUGGCAAGUCUUAAUUAUUCAACAAGCAUUGUUGAGAAUGGAACAGAGGUUCCACUGCAAGAUGAACUAACCCAAUUGGAUUUGGAUACUUUGAGAGAAAUUGAAAUAUCUGAAGAGAAUGAAAUGUUUGAAGUGGAAGAGGCUGAAGAGAGAAUGGAGAAAGGUGUUAGUGUAUGGGAUGAUAUAUAUCGUAAUGCUAGAAAAUCUGAGAAACUGAAGUUUGAAGUCAAUGAGAGGGAUGAAGGGGAGCUUGAGAGAACAGGACAAUCUGUGUGCAUUUAUGAGAUAUACAAUGGUGCAGGAGUGUGGCCAUUUUUACACCAUGGUUCUCUCUAUCGUGGGUUAAGCCUUUCUAGAAGAGCGCAGAGACAAACUUCUGAUGAUGUGGAUGCAGUUGGUUGCUUGCCUCUUUUGAAUGACACAUAUUAUCGGGACAUUCUCUGUGAAAUGGGAGGAAUGUUUGCAAUUGCAAAUAGGGUGGAUAGCAUUCACAGGAGGCCUUGGAUUGGGUUUCAAUCAUGGCGUGCUGCUGGUAGGAAGGUAGCAUUGUCAGCGAAAGCCGAAAAUGUCCUGGAAGAGACAAUGCAAGAGAAUUUUAGAGGAGAUGUAAUAUACUUUUGGGGACGUUUGGACAUGGAUCAGAGUGCCAUAAGAAACCACAAUGCAAUUUCUUUUUGGUACAUGUGUGACAUCUUAAAUGGAGGCAACUGCAGAAUUGUUUUUCAAGAUGGCUUCCGCCAGAUGUAUGCAUUGCCCCCCCAUGCGGAAGCACUGCCCCCCAUGCCGGAAGAUGGUGGUUAUUGGUCAGCACUGCACAGCUGGGUGAUGCCAACCUCUUCUUUCUUGGAGUUCAUAAUGUUCUCUCGGAUGUUUGUUGAUUCCAUUGAUGCUAAGCACAGAGACUCCACUAAAUACAGCCUGUGCUUGUUAGGCUCUUCAGAGAUUGAGAAGAAGCACUGCUACUGUCGCGUGUUGGAACUUCUCAUCAAUGUAUGGGCUUAUCAUAGUGCACGAAAGAUGGUAUAUAUAAAUCCUAACACUGGUUCUAUGGAAGAGCAGCACCCUAUUGAACAACGGAAAGGUUUUAUGUGGUCAAAAUACUUCAAUUUUUCAUUGUUGAAAAGUAUGGACGAAGAUCUGGCCGAGGCUGCAGAUGAUGGUGACCAUCCAAGGGAAAUGUGGUUGUGGCCAAUGACAGGGGAGGUACACUGGCAAGGGAUUUAUGAAAGGGAGAGGGAAGAAAGGUACAGGCUAAAAAUGGAUAAAAAAAGAAAAACAAAAGAAAAACUAUUUGAAAGAAUGAAGUAUGGUUACAAGCAGAAAUCACUUGGACGAUAAGACUUGAAAUUUAGUCAAACGCUUUGCGAUCCCAUUUUCGCUUCAGUCGGGAAAAUUGCCUGGCAAAUUGGAGAGGCCUAGAUUCUAACAUUGGCACAGAUCAUAGAGACAGUAUUGUUUCUUUCUUCAUUAACUGAAUACGUAUACUCAAUCCUCAGUCGCAGAAGAGGGCGAGACAGAGAGCAAAGGAGUUUCCCAUCUUCUGCUGUUCAUUAAUUUCACGGCCUUUUUUCAUUCAUGGUCAAUUAUUGCAGCACAGAAGACACAGUCGCAGGUUCGAUCUGUCUCCUCCUUGACGGUGCUGUCCCACUCCUUCUUGUUGGCUCCAUCCUGAUGAUCCUCACCGGCACUGCCGUUGUCUAGCUCUGCAACCACUUCUAUGUCCUUGAUAAUAACUUGCAGAUCUGAAUUAACCUCUGUUGAUGUAUAUUGUCUCAUAUUUGUUCGUGUAUGAGUUCUUGAUUUGUAGAUCAGUCAUACCGUGACAGAGAGAUUGGUGGUGCGAACUCGGACAACCACUAACAGAGCAUUAGUCUUGCGAUGGUAUAAACGAAGGCAGAGUACGUCUGCAACGACAGAAGCCAUUGUCGGUGAGACGUGUGCAGUGGCAUCACUAUCAGUGGUGGUUGUGUGAUCGCCGCCGUCGCGGAAGUUGUUGUUAGUGGUGAAGAGGCUGUCCAAUCUCGAGGCCAUGUCGUCGUUGUCAUCGUCAUCGGCGGCAGAGGGAGAGGAGUGGGUGUGAUGGCAACGGUGGAGGAGGAAGGCGGCGGCGACGACGGUAAGGAGAAGAAACGGAGACAAUAAAAGGGAGACUAGAAGAGGAAAUGUUUUUUUUACAAAAAUCCAUUGUAGGCAAAUCUACGGUGGAAUUACUCUUAUCUUAAAAAAAGAAAUUCUCUUAUAGAUCACCUUUGUUCGCAGGGGACUUAAAAAGCUCCGCGCGUUAAGUUGCUUCAUGAAAGUUCUUACCUACAAGGCUACAAUUAUCCAAUUGAGGAUUUAAAUUUAGUUUCUGUAAAAGUGGUGCGUGGUUACUUUACUUAUGAUUCCAUUAGAUAGUUGGAUAAUUGGAGUUUCAUGUAAAAUAAUUUUUGCAUUUCAUAAAAAAAAAAUUGUUUAAAUA